CAGCAGCGUCUCAGUGAUCAAUUGGGCUUUCUGGAACGUCAGUAGAAAUGGCUUCAUUCAAUAACCAGCAGCAGCGCAAACAGACAACCACCUUGCCACCUGCACUGUGCAAAACAGCACCAGAACCGAUGCCAUGCUCUCAGCCAACAACAUGUCCUCAGGAGAAGCCUCCCUGCAAGGAGACACCAGUAGUGGUCAUCCCAACUCCAUGCCUUCAGCCAACACCAUGUCAAGAGAAGCCUCCAUGCAAUGAGCCAUCAGUAGUGGUUGUCCCAACUCCUUGCCCUCAGCCAACACCGUGUCCUCAACAAAAGCAGCCAUGCAAAGAGCCACCAGUAGUGAUUUGUCCAACUCCAUGCGCUCAGCCAACACCAUGUCCUCGGGAGAAGCCUCCCUGCAAAGAGGCACCAGUAGUGGUUGUCCCAACUCCAUGCCCUCAGCCAACACCAUGUCAAGAGAAGCCUCCUUGCAAGGAGCCACCAGUAGUGGUCAUCCCAACUCCAUGCCCUCAGCCAACACCGUGUCCUCAACAAAAGCAGCCAUGCAGAGAGCCACCAGUAGUGAUUUGUCCAACUCCAUGCCCUCAGCCAACACCAUGUCCUCAGGAGAAGCCUCCCUGCAAAGAGACACCAGUAGUGGUCGUCCCAACUCCAUGCCCUCAGCCAACACCAUGUCAAGAGAAGCCUCCAUGCAAGGAACCACCAGUAGUGGUCGUCCCAACUCCUUGCCCUCAGCCAACACCAUGUCCUCAACAAAAGCAGCCAUGCAAAGAGCCACCAGUAGUGAUUUGUCCAACUCCAUGCCCUCAGCCAACACCAUGUCCUCAGGAGAAGCCUCCCUGCAAGGAGACACCAGUAGUGGUCAUCCCAACUCCAUGCCCUCAGCCAACACCAUGUCAAGAGAAGCCUCCCUGCAAGGAGCCACCAGUAGUGGUCGUCCCAACUCCAUGCCCUCAGCCAACACCAUGUCAAGAGAAGCCCCCAUGCAAAGAGACACCAGUAGUGGUCGUCCCAACUCCAUGCCCAGAGAAGCAGCCUCCCUGCAAGGAGCCAACCACUGUCCCAUGUUGCCCACCUGAGGCAAAAUGCCCACCCCCUUGCGAUCAACAGCAGAAGAAGCAACCUUGCCAGUGGCCUCACCAGCAGAAGUAAGCAAGCAUGAGAAAACAACAACAACAGCAGCACAGGAAGUCAGCAUGAUCAACACAUCCAGCUCACAACCUGCAGCUUUCAAUAUACCUCAUCCUUUUUGUUUAUUUAAAUUCCUUUAAAAACCUUUCUGUUAAAAUAUUUCCCAUGUUGUUCUCCAUAUGAUAAGUAUAGUAAACACCAUAAUUGCCACCAGCAAGUUACAUUUACAUUGCUUCAAGAGGAAGUGUUUUGGAAUUAGUCUGCCAAAUUUGGCUUUUGGUGGAGAUGCAAUG